AUGCCCUUAGCAAAACAUUGGAAAUACAACGAUAAAGAGGACAUUGUACUCACUCAAUUGGAAGGUCUCGUUGCUUCUAACCCGUGUAUUAAACUAAUCCCUAGUGAAAAAGUUGUGUUUAAUCCAUACUCUGAUACCUCAAAGAAAAUCGCCUUAAUCAGUGGUGGUGGUGCCGGUCACGAACCUUUACAUGGAGGUUACGUUGGAGAGAAUUUACUAGAUGCAGCCGUCAGCGGCCACAUUUUUGCAUCUCCCUCAACGAAACAAAUAAUGGCUGCAAUUAGAACAAAAUCCGACAAAAAUAAGGGAACUAUAAUUGUGGUGAAAAAUUAUACUGGAGAUGUCUUGCAUUUUGGUUUAGUUGCUGAAAAAGCCAAGAGUGAGGGAUACAAUGUUGAGGUUGUCACCGUGGGUGAUGACGUUGCUGUUGGAACAAAACAGAAUAAGAUGGUAGGCAGAAGGGGAUUGGCAGGAACAGCUUUAGUUCACAAAGUUUUAGGUGCUGCUACUGCAGAUGAAAAGGCUGAUUUGAAAAAAGUCAGCGAGUUGGGUCGAGUUGUUAACGAUAACUUGGUGACAAUGUCAGCUAGUUUGGAUCGUACGUCUGUUCCAGGUAAAGCGGAACAAGAUAUCGAGUUUAACGAUGAUGACGAAGCUGAGCUUGGGUUGGGUAUACACAAUGAACCUGGUACAAAAUUAAAGCCUAUCCCCAACAUCGAUGUAUUAAUAAAGGACAUGUUUCAUAAACUUGUAUCGCCCGAGGACAAAGAUCGUCAUUACGUAGACUUUGACAUGAAAAACGACGAUUAUGUUCUUUUGAUUAAUAAUAUCGGAGGCACUUCAUCUUUGGAAUUAUACGUGAUCUUAGAACACGUUGUUAAAAACUUACCUUUUGAAAAGAAACCCAAAAGAAUAUUAGUCAGUGACUUUGUUACAAGUUUAAACGCGCCAGGGUUUUCAAUCACAUUGCUCAACUUGUCCAACAUUGACAAAAAAGGAAAGCAAUUUUACAAUCAAGAAGAUGUGUUACAGUUUUUAGAUACUCCUACCAAUGCCCCAGGCUGGAAACUGAAAACCUAUCCAGCCAAAUGUUGGGAAAACAAUAAGGAUAAACACGUAAAAUCUCCCAUGCAAAAUGAAUCCUUAAUCACUUCCAAAUUGAAGAUUGAGCCUAAAAGUUUUGAAGCCCAUUUGAUAGCUGCAUUAAAUAACUUGUUGGAAGCUGAACCAAAAAUCACCCAUUUUGAUACCCUUGUAGGAGAUGGCGAUUGUGGAGAAACGUUGGCUGCUGGUGCAAAUGCCAUUUUGAAAGCACUAAAAGAUGACAAGAGUUUCCAAGAGCACCUUUCUGAUCCCAUUGCCACUCUCUAUAGAAUUACGGAGUUGGUCGAGGACAGUAUGGGUGGAACAUCUGGAGGAAUUUACUCGAUUUUUCUCACAUCUUUGGUACAAAAUUUGAAAAAUGCCUCAACAAUUGACACCGAAACCGUUGCAGAUGCGUUACAUAAGGCGUUACAUAAAGGCUUAUUCAAAUAUACAAAGGCUCGAGUAGGUGGAAGAACUUUAGUCGACACUUUGCAACCAUUUAUUGAUAACUUUUACGAAACUAGAGAUCUAUCUCAAGCAGUUGAAGCAGCCAAGAAUGGUUGCGAAAAAACCAAAAGCUUGCAAGCUUCGUUUGGUAGAGCAAGUUACGUCAAUAAGGAACAAUACGAGGCUGAAGGUGGAAUUCCCGAUCCUGGGGCAGUUGGCUUAUUUGCUUUAAUUGAGGGUUUUACUAAUGAGAGAUAG